CCUAGCGUUCAGCGGUACUGUCGUCUAUUCUGCAAUCGUAAACGAAAUGCCUGAACCUGCCAAGUCUGCGCCCAAGAAGGGCUCCAAGAAAGCGGUGACCAAAACCGCUGGCAAGGGGGGAAAGAAGAGGAAGAGGACCAGGAAGGAGAGCUAUGCCAUCUACGUGUACAAGGUGCUGAAGCAGGUCCACCCCGACACUGGCAUCUCGUCCAAGGCCAUGAGCAUCAUGAACUCGUUCGUUAACGACAUCUUUGAACGCAUCGCUUCUGAGGCUUCUCGUCUGGCGCACUACAACAAGCGCUCCACCAUCACCUCCAGGGAGAUUCAGACCGCUGUCCGCCUCCUGCUGCCCGGUGAGUUGGCUAAGCACGCCGUUUCUGAGGGCACCAAGGCUGUUACCAAGUAUACCAGCUCCAAGUAAAUUCCUGGUUAACGUCACAAACUCAAAGGCUCUUUUAAGAGCCACCCACAUUUUCUAAAGAGAAAUAAUCCUGGUAUCGCAUUCAAACGCCAACCCUAACCCUGUAAAUUCAAGUUUGACGUGGAAUUAAAGUAGUGUCCUUUCA